GGCGGGGCGCGGGCUGGGCGUGUGCCGCGGCCGCCGGCGGGGCGCGCUCCCGCUCCGCUCCCGCUCUCCCCGCACGCACAUUGUCCGGGCGCGGCGGAGGCACAGCGCCCCGGCGCCCCGUGCCAAUGCGGGGCGGGCGCGGCACGCCGGGGGCGCCUCCACCACCGCGGUGGAAACUUCCCCUCGCCGCCGGGCCGGCGCGCGGCUGAAGCCCCCGGCGGGGAGGAGCGGAGCGGGGUUUCGCCCGCCUGGGGGGGCGCCUCGUCUACUUUGGUUUUUCCUACAUUGGAAGGGCAAAAGCGAAUACUGUUACCCGGCUUUAAACUUCCGCGCUCCGCUGUCCAGGACGCGCAUCCCGCCCGGCGGGGUGGGCGAGCCGGGGGAACUUGAACCAUUCCCAGAAGAGAGGACCCUAUUUCUCUGUGGAAGCUCGUUAGCCAUCCAGAGGGUGGUGGUGCUCCUGGAAGUCCUGAGCUGGGGUCAGCUGGAAGAUGACUGAAUACAAGCUGGUGGUGGUGGGAGCAGGUGGUGUUGGGAAGAGUGCUUUGACGAUACAGCUCAUUCAGAACCAUUUUGUUGAUGAGUAUGACCCCACAAUAGAGGAUUCCUACAGAAAGCAAGUAGUCAUCGAUGGAGAGACCUGUUUGUUAGACAUCUUGGACACUGCAGGGCAGGAGGAGUACAGUGCCAUGAGAGACCAGUACAUGAGAACGGGGGAAGGAUUCCUGUGUGUCUUCGCCAUCAACAACACCAAGUCCUUUGAAGAUAUUCACCAGUAUAGGGAGCAGAUCAAGAGGGUGAAAGACUCAGAUGAUGUUCCCAUGGUGCUGGUGGGGAAUAAAUGUGACCUCCCCGCGCGGACAGUGGAGACCCGGCAAGCGCAGGACCUGGCCCGGAGCUACGGGAUCCCCUACAUAGAAACGUCUGCCAAAACCAGACAGGGCGUUGAGGAUGCCUUCUACACCUUGGUGCGGGAGAUCCGGCAGCACAAGCUGCGCAAGCUGAAUCCCCCGGAUGAGAGCGGCCCCGGCUGCAUGAACUGUAAAUGUGUGGUAUCGUGACUAUGCUGUCUGGACCGUGUCUUGGCGAGGUUCCCACUGUGCAGUGUGCAAGGAAAGAGGUGAAGCAAAGGAAGAAGGAAACGGAUUCAGAAGAGGAGUACUGGGGGGGGAGAGGAGCUGGACGAAGAGGACAGGGGGAGCAUGAGGCCCUCCAAGGACUAUCUCUCACUUCACCCAAGCCUGUGGCAAACAACUCUUUUUUUUUUUUUUUUAAUCCCCAUCCCCUCAUCCUUUGGUCUCCUCCCACCCCGGCAACUGUACAAAGCCACAGAUUGAAUCACAGUAAAUUAUUAUUUGAUCGUCUCAACAAA